UGCGUCAUCGCUUCGCGGAAAUACGGGGAGGCUUUUUCGGUUUUGGUGCUCGUAGAGAGGAACCGGAGAGCGGUGAGAAAACGGAAAACGGCGGAAUGCGCGCGUGGUGAGAGCCGCGGGUCGGUGCCGGUGUUUAGCCGUAAGGAGCGCGGGGUAGGAGGCGGGCUGAGCGCGCCGCCGGUACCGGUGUUUCGGGAGCGGAGCGGGCCGGAUCCGACAUGUCCCUGUUCCAGUCUGCGCUGGAUUUUCUGGCCGCGGCGGGGGCCGGGGGCGCCGGGUCCGCCGGAGCUGCGAGCCGGGACCAGAACGACUUCGUGGGGCAGAUCGUGGAGCUCGGAGACACCAAGCUGCGGAUCAAGCGGGUCAUCGCGGAAGGGGGCUUCGCGUUCGUGUAUGAAGCUCAGGAUCUCGGCAGCGGGAAAGACUUCGCUCUGAAGAGACUUCUGUCUAAUGAGGAGGAGAAGAACAAGGCCAUCAUCCAGGAAGUCUGCUUUAUGAAAAAGCUGUCUGGUCAUCCUAAUGUGGUCCAGUUCUGCUCAGCUGCUUCCAUCAGCAAAGAGGAGUCCGACACCGGCCAGGCCGAGUUCCUCAUCCUCACAGAGCUGUGUAAAGGUCAGCUGGUGGACUUUGUGAAGAAGGUGGAGCUGAAGGGGCCGAUGUCAUGUGACACCAUACUGAAGAUAUUCUACCAGUCGUGUCGCGCUGUGCAGCACAUGCACAAACAGAAACCACCGGUCAUACACCGAGACCUGAAGAUCGAGAAUCUGCUGAUCAGCCAGCAGGGGACGAUAAAGCUGUGUGAUUUCGGGAGCUCCACCACCGUGGCUCAUUAUCCGGACUACAACUGGUCCGCUCAGAAGAGAUCCAUGGUGGAGGACGAGAUCACCAGAAACACGACGCCAGCCUACAGGACUCCGGAGAUGAUUGACCUCUAUUCCAACUUCCCAAUCAACGAGAAACAGGACAUAUGGGCUCUGGGCUGUAUCCUGUACCUGCUGUGUUUUAAGCAGCACCCGUUUGAGGAGGGGGCGAAGCUGCAGAUUGUUAACGGCAAAUACAGCAUCCCUCAGAACGACACGCGCUACACCGUCUUCCACCAGCUCAUCCGGUCCAUGUUGAAGAUAAACCCGGAGGAACGUCUGUCCAUCACAGAGUUGGUGAAUCAGCUGCAGGAAAUCGCUGCCGCCAGAAACGUCAACCCCAAAUCCCCGGUCACUGAGCUGCUGGAGCAGAACGGCGGCUUCGGCAACAACACGGCCCAGCUGCCCGCGCAGAUCAACAACAUACACAAUGCAGGUGUGUACAGUGGUGACCCAGACCAGGGAAUGGGUGGAGGAUUCUUGGACAUCCUUAAAGGCGGGACUGAACGCUUUCUCACAAACAUUAAAGACACGUCCUCUAAAGUCAUCCAGUCUGUAGCCAGCUACGCUAAAGGAGAUCUGGACCUGUCCUACAUCACCUCCAGAAUAGCAGUCAUGUCAUUCCCAGCUGAGGGGGUGGAGUCAGCUAUAAAGAACAACAUUGAGGACGUGCGUUUGUUUCUGGACUCUCGGCAUCCGGGUCACUAUGCUGUUUAUAACCUGUCCAGACGCUCCUACAGACCGGCCCGCUUCCACAACCGGGUAUCAGAGUGUGGCUGGCAGGUGAGGAGAGCUCCCACUCUGAUGAAUCUGUACGGGAUCUGUAAGAACAUGCACCAGUGGCUCAAACAGGACCAGAGGAACGUCUGCAUCGUGCACUGCCUUGACGGGCGUGCAGCGUCGGCUGUAGUGGUGUGUUCGUUUCUGUGUUUCUGUCGGCUUUUCUCCACGGCUGAAGCUGCGGUCUACAUGUUCAGUAUGAAACGCUGCCCCCCGGGCAUCGCACCAUCACACAAGAGGUAUAUUGAGUAUAUGUGUGAUAUGAUGGCGGAGGAGCCGAUAAUUCCCCACAGUAAGCCGAUAUUGAUCCGCUCCGUCGUGCUGACUCCGGUUCCGCUCUUUAAUAAGCAGAGGAACGGGUGCCGGCCGUUCUGCGAGGUUUACGUCGGAGAGGAACGCGUAGCUACGACGUCCCAGGAGUACGACCGGAUGAGGGACUUUAAGGUCGAGGAUGUUAGAGCUGAGAUUCCUCUGAACGUUACGGUUCAGGGGGACGUCCUGAUCGUCAUCUACCACGCCCGCUCCACCCUCGGGGGACGCCUACAGGCUAAGAUGGCCUCCAUGAAGAUGUUCCAGAUCCAGUUCCACACCGGCUUCGUUCCCCGAAACGCCACCACCGUCAAAUUCGCCAAGUAUGAUCUGGACGCGUGUGACAUCCAGGAGAAAUAUCCUGACCUGUUCCAGGUGAAUCUGGACGUGGAGGUGGAGCCUCGUGAUCGCCCCAGCAACAAGACUCCGCCCUGGGAGAACUUCUCCACUAAAGGCCUUAAUCCCAAGAUCCUCUUCUCCAGCCGAGACGAGCAGCAGGAGAUCCUGGCCAAGUUCGGUAAACCAGAGCUUCCUCGGCAGCCGGGUUCUACAGCCUUCUACGAUUCUGAGGCUCCCGAACCGGAACACUAUCCCGAACAGCCCCCGAACCCGGAGCCAGAGACCCCGUCCCCACCCAGCACCGACUCCAACGCCAACAACUUCUUCCAGACGCUGGACUGGGACGACGGCAGGGGGCAGUACAAUCGCUCGGACAGCCUGUCUGGACCAAUGGAUGAUCAGGAUGACCUGAGUGGCGGUUCAGAGGAGGAGUCAGUGUCGUACUCCGCCCCCAUGGACGGGUCUCUGUCGCGGGAUCCCAGCGAGCCUCUGUUUGAGGCAGAUUUCACCACCUCUCCUCCUGAACCCCAACCGGAUACUGAAGACCUGCUGGGGCUGAACUCUGACGCGAGCGGCUCCACCGCGGCCCCCCAGCCGCCGCCGGGCCCCCCAGAACCGGGACUGAGAUCCUGCGCCAGUAACAGCGACCUGCUGAACGACCUGUUCAACCCCAACACUGACCAAUCAGCCGAGACCGAGGACCUGUUCUUCACCACCACCACCACCACGCCCAGCCAGCCUCCAACCACCCAGAACCCCCCUACAACCACCAAGGUUAAUGAUAUAUUUGACCCGUUCGGCGUGGGCUCCGGGGUUUCGUCAGGGUCUGAUCCGUUUGGUGAUCUGCUCGGUUCCGACAGUAACAGCAGCAGUUUUAAAGCCCCGCCUCCUCCAGCAUCCAACUCCAGCCUCUUCAACCUUCAUAAGCUAGCGGGAGAAAUGCCUAAGAUGACCUCGUCGGCCAGUCAGCCUGAUCUGCUGGGUGGUUGGGACAGCUGGGCGACCGGAGCCGCCGGCACCACAGCUAGCAUGUCUGCUACUGCUAACAAACCAGCCUUUACUGCUUCUGGAGCUCCGUCGAGCUUCUCGAAGGCUAAAUCCCAGAGCUUUGACCCGUUCGCUGAUCUCGGGAACCUGGGCUCCACUCUGCCAGGAUCCUCCUCCAGCAGUGGUUUCUCUGGUUCAGGGUUUAAGGCGGCGCCCCCUGCUGGAGGUGCUAAAGGCUCGUCUCAGGCGUGGCAGCAGCCGCCGCCGCCGCGCUCCUCCUCCAGUAAACAGUGGAUGCCUCCAGGCUCCGUCCCCAAACCAGCCACUGCCGCCACCAGCAGCAGCCAACCAGCAAAGCCCAACUACAACCUGAACUUCAGCGUGAUUGGAGGACGGGAGGAGAGGGGCAUCCGGGGGCCGGGCUUCGGUCCGAAGCCGAAGGUGAAGGAGGAUGAUUUCGGGGAUCUUCUCUCCACACAGGGCUUCUCCUCCAGACCUGAUAAGAAGGGACCUCGCACCAUCGCUGAGAUGCGCAAACAGGAGCUCUCUAAAGACAUGGACCCACUGAAGCUACAGAUCCUGGACUGGAUCGAGGGGAAGGAGCGGAAUAUCCGGGCGCUGAUCUCCACCCUGCACACGGUGCUGUGGGAAGGGGAGACCCGCUGGAGACCCGUCAACAUGGCCGACCUCGUCACACCUGACCAGGUGAAGAAGUUCUACAGGAAAGCCGUGCUGGUCGUCCAUCCGGACAAGGCAACAGGUCAGCCGUACGAGCAGCACGCCAAGAUGAUCUUCAUGGAGCUGAACGACGCCUGGUCUGAGUUCGAGAACCAGGGAGCUAAAGCUCUGUUCUGAUCCCUCUCUCUCUCUCUCUCUCUUUCUACACACCCGAACUGCCUUCAACACACACACACUCUCACACACACACACACUGCCUCUUCUCUAAGACAGAACGACAGAAUGAGGCUUAUACAGACUGAGACAAUCGGACCGGAGUGAGCGAGAGAAAGAGAGAGGAGGAGGAUCUGUCUCUCUCUCUCUUACUUUCUGACGAUCUGUAGGUCUCUCCCUCGUUCUUUCUGAAGGACAGAAAGCUGUAUGAAGCUGCUGAUGGACGAGACUCUGUCUGCUGGACUCACUCAGACUUCAGAGGAGCUACAGCUCUCCACUCUCCUUCCAACCCCGGGUCAGGGUGUGAAAUUAGCAUACACACACACACACACUGGAGCGGCGGUCUGCGUCUUGCAGUGAGGGGGGGCUCCGGCGGACUCGGGUUCGAGGUGGAUUUAAGGAACAAAAGUGAAGAAAUUGGAUUUUUUUUCCCGCUGAUCUUUAUUUUCAUACGCUUUUUUAUCUCUUAAUUUUGUCUGUCUUUUCGCUGUCUGAUUUAUUUGUUGAUCAUCAUCAUUACCAAUUAGAAUAUCGACUGAUGAGUGUGUGUGUGUGUGUGUGUGUGUGUAUAUAUAUGUGUGUAUAUUUUCUCUGUGGUUUCAGGGUCUGUCUCCUGCUGUCUGAUCAAUGUUUCCGCCCUGAAUAAUAAUUUAAGCAGAGGUUUUAAAGCCCCUGGGAACCAAAAUCUGACCUCUCUUUCUAAUUAAGUGUAAAAGUAUAAAAUAUAUCUUGUAUAUGAACAAAGUCUAAUAAAUCUCUGCUGUGUUUCACUCUUACCACUCUUCUCUCUGUGUAGAGUGGGCGGUCCUACAAGUGGGUCAGUUUUACUUCAGCAUAUCCCUGGCCAAUCAGAAUGCUAACGUGGCUCAUCCGUCACUUUGAGUCCGAGUUACCUGCAGUGCUAAAGCUAAACCUGGAGCGCUAAAGCUAAACUUGGAGAGUAUUCCCUACCAUCUGUAGUCCAUCGCCUCAACACUUCACAGUGGAGUUCGAGCAACCUGGCAAGCAAAAGUUAAAGCUAAACCUGGAGAGCUAGAGUUGAAACUAACACUAAACCUAGUGGGCUGAAGCUAAACCGGGAGAGGUAAAGCUAAACUUUAGCUAAAGCUAAAGAUGGAGAGUCUUCAAUCUGUAGUCCAAUGCCUCACGACUUCAGAGUGGGGUUUGAGCACCCAGACAAGCUUAAGCUUAAGUUAAAGCUAAACCUGACGAGCUUAAGUUAAACAGAGUGAGAUGAUUCUAAACCUGGAGAGCUAAACCUAAAGCUAAAGAGCUAGAGGUAGAGCUACACUUUGCAAGCUAACACUAAAUCUGGAGAACUGAAACUAAACCUGGAGUGCUAAAGAUAAACCUGUUGAGCUACAGUAAAAUCUGAAAAAAAAAUGGAGAGCUAAAGCUAAAGCUCGGGUUAGCAAGAUUUAAAGCUAAACCUGGAGGGUUAAGGCUAAACCUGGAGCGCUAAAGAUAAACGUGUAGAUCUAAAGUUAAAGCUGAAGGAAAACCCGGAGAGCUAAAGCUAACUUGGGGAGGCUAGAGUUGUUCUCAGAGAGGUAUGAGGAGUGUAUGAUGGUGAUAUUUGAGGAGUUUUAUCAUAUUUCUGCUUCAUAUUUUCUGUUUAAGCUACGCUAAACUCUUAAAUCAACACCCAAAUCUGAUAUAAUAAUAAUAAAUCAGUGUAUAAAAGGUGUUCCCAGGGGUUUUAACUCUCGCUGAACCCAGUCGCUCUUCUCCAUCACUCCACCGUAUAUCUAGAACCGGGUUCUGGAUCGAUGUUCCUGAUCCGCGUAGCUUCACUCCACAUCCAUUCUGUUGGUUUUAUCAGAUCUGAUCAUCAUAACGGAGUCUAUCGUCUUAUUUAUUGUUUAUUGUGAGGGGCGAUUAAUUUAAUAGAGGGAGGAAAGAGGAGCAGAAGAAAAAGAAAAAAAGACUAAUAUAUGAAUGAUGGUGUGUGUGUGUGUGUGUGUGUGUGUGUGUUAGAAUCAAAUCUGUGCAGAGCUAAAAAUCAUUCCAAAGCAUCUACACACAUGAAUGUGCUUUCCAGGCUCCUGAUUGGCUGUGUGGAAUGUAACGUUUUUGCUUUUUUCCCCUUUAAUUUUCUUUAUAUCGUCGUAUAAAACUGAAUCCCUUAAACAUGGCAUUAUUUUUCUAAGAAACAUGUUUACUUGAAUGUUAGCUUCUCUUUUUUUUGUUUUUCCUAUAAAAGACCAAACGUGAAGCUCGGCACUUCAGAUCACUCGGAGGAAAAAGAAGAACGAGACGUUUUUGUAAAAACCAGCGAAAAAAGAGUAAAGUUUUGAUGUAGAAAAAUGAAAAAAAAAAAACACAUCAGAACCAGCGCUGGACUCCUGCUGUGUUCGGCAGGCUAGCUAUGCUAAUCGCUAAAAAAGUUGGACGAUUAAUUGAUUAAUUGUGAACCGAGAACAGUUCGUCAGAUUAUCGAUGAUUAAACCUGUAUUGUGUCGAUUAGUUGUAAAUAAUAUGGUAUUGUGAAUGACCAGAUUAUUUUGAAGAAUAAUCUGUAUUAUGGGUGAAUCGUCACAAAUAUCUCCUGAUUAAUCUGUUUUUGUGAGAUUAAUUGGAGAAUAUGAAAGAUGACCCACUAAAAACAGUCGAUUAAUGAAAUUUACAGAUGAUUUGCUGCCAAAAAGUGAACGAUUAAUCUGUUGUUUGCCCAAUUAAUCGGAUAUUUCAGUUGAUUAAUCUGUAGUUUGUGAUGAACCUGAUUAUAUGAUCUAUUACUUUAUGAUUGAUUGAUUAAUCAUAUUAUAUAUAUUUUCUGCACAUUUUUUUUUAUUAAUCCGAUUAAUCGGAUAUCAUAUAUGAUUUGCCUCCCAAAAAAUAAAUUAAUACAUUGUUUGUUUUAUUGAUUUGCCAGCAAAAAAAAAAAACUGUUGAUUUUUAGUCUUUUGUUUGUGUGAUUAUUUGGACAUCAGAUUAAUCACCACUCAAUAAUCUAGACGAUUAAUUUGUGGUUUGUGUGAUUAAUCGAAUAUUAUAAAUGAUUUGUCACCCAAUAACCGUUUGUUUAUUCUGUUACUUGUGUGAUUAAUCAGAUAAUAUAAAUGGUUUUCCACUGAAAACAACAGAUUAAUCUGUUUUUCGACCAAUUAUUCAGAUUAUAGAGAAUAAUGGCCGAUUAAUCGGUAUUUUCACCCUUUAGAAUGGUAUUUAUAGGGCAGUAAUUGAGUCAUAUGUCUGAUUAAUCAUGUGUUAAAGCUGUUUUUGUCUGAUAAAGAUGAGAUUUAUCUAGGAUAUCUGUCCCAAUAUCAGUGUAGGAGAGUUUGUACUCAGCCUGGCUGAUGAUCAUAUUUUUUUGUAAGAUUAUUUGACGAAGUUUAGUCCUGGACUGUGUUUUUAAUAAACUCUGUGAACAGAAAUUUAAUCUACGGUGGAUGAAAUAUAAGUAUGUUGGAUAAAUUCAUGUGAUAUGAUGUUAGAGUGCAGGCAAUAACACAGCAGAGUUAUAUAGAACUCAUCUUUCUGAAGCCUUAAUCUGUAUUUCUGUGUUUUAAAAAGCGCUUAAGAUAAAAAAAUAAAAUAAAAAAGGCUCUGGAAACAUCUGCAGCACAUCUGGAGAGGCCGUGUUCACAUCUGUUCAGCAGAGAGACUGUGAUUUGUGUUAUUUCUGUGGACUGCUGCUGGAUUUCACACAUUCCAGGUGAUUCAGUAAAUAAAAUAAAGAAACUUAAUCAAUAAACACUUUAAACGUCUGUAAAAAAAAAAAUCUUAAUUUCCUCCUGGUGUAGAAGCGGAACGUGAUUAUCUGUUGUACAGUAAUGCAGUGGGGUGUUCUGAUAGGCCUGUUCUCAUAGGCUGGUUCUGAUUGGCCGGUUCUGAUGGUUCUCCUGACUCUGGGCAGAAACACUGUAAAAUAAUGCUCUAUUUUGGUAAAGGAGAAGUCUCUGUAUUUUUUCAUGGGGACUUUUAAGUCAUUCAGGGCUUUUUUUUUGCGUUUCCUGUUUUAAACUCCUGAACUACCCGUGCUCACACUCUCACUAUCAAAGGGUUUAUUUUCCUCACGUUUCUUUAACUUUAAUUUUGUUUUAUUUUGGACUGUAUGAUGACCAAUAAACCACAUUUCAACAUGAA